AUGUCGAGCGAGAGCAAUGUCUCGGAGGCGGCGGCGGCCGAGUAUCCGCUGAUGUGGGGCGAGUCGCCGGAGCUGUACCUAUCGUACGGUACGGUCUCGCUCGCUGGCCGGCGCCCGGAGCUGACCGACGCCGUGGCGGCCGUGCGGUCGUUCACGUUGCUGUCGCCGCCCAUGGGCCUGGACUACUUCGCGGUGGUCGACGGCCGCCACCUCGGUCGAGGGCGACUGCUCAGCGAGAACCCGCGGUUCCUUGGGGCGUCGCACGACGGCGUGGUGGCGUGGUGGAGGACGGUCGUCGAGGAGGCGUUCCGGGCCGUCCGCGAGGAGCUGGCCAGCGAGGGCGCGGCCGGCGGCGUGACGGCGCUCGCCGCGCUGGUCAUGGAGAAGUACUUCGUGAUCGCGAGCUCCGGCGGCGCCAAGGUCGUGCUAUGCCGCGGCGGCGAGCACGUCCAGAUCACUCCCGAUCCCAAGAGCAAGGCCAACAAGGAAGAAGAGAACAAGAGCGUCGAACACGCCGGCGGUCAUGUGGUCGACGACUACACAUCCAAGCUUGACAAUGUUCAGCAGACUACUCUGGCAUCUGGGAGCUCGUCCGUGUCCAAGCCGGCGGCGGCGGUGAUCCCGGAGCUGGACGUGGUGGCGGUGGAGCGGAAGGACCGGGACGAGUUCCUGAUUCUGGCCAGCGACGGGCUCUGGGGCGCCGUGUCGACGGAGUCGGCGUGCGCCAUGGUGCGGCGGAGGCUGGGGGAGAAGACCACGCGGAUCACCUUGCCGUGGGAGGCGCCGGUGGACGCCGGGGUCUCGCCGACCGUGCUCGCCAGGGAGCUCGCCGAGAAGGCGGUUCACGCCGGCAGCCAGGACAACGUCAGCGUCGCCAUCGUCCUGUUCAACGACUUCUGGGCGCAGUUCCAGUGCGCGCCAACCAGUGACGAGUGA